AUGGAACGAGAGGUGGACUGUCAAACAGACUCGGCUGAUCUAUCGGAAGAAAUAACCAUUUCGGAAAAGCUGAAUGCCAUCUUGGUGGCCUACGCCAAAAAUAUGAUACUUCACAAUCCAGCCGAGUCCUCUGAAGAUGAGCAUGUAAGUAAAAAAAAUAUAUACGAAUGGUCAAGGGAGUACUUUCAAAAGUUAUAUGAUGAAAAUGGAGGGGACGCAAACAAUGCAGAUUCCUGUGGCUCGCAGACCGAGUCGAGUGCUACUCGUGCCAAUGGUCAUUCGGUGAAGGAUCAAAUUAAAAAGGAGAUGGAACGGGUCAAUUUCGAUAUGGGCAACUAG